UAUGUAUAUGCGCGGAAUUACAUUGCUUGGAAGCCCGUGCGAUUCACCAUCGGAGAAAUAGUGCGCAGUUCCCUUCGCUCCGAAUUUUCUGUGGAAGCUAAUGGGGAAGGGGGGUGAAGACUAUGGGAAGAGGGAGAAUUACAGUUCUAAACCCUUGAAGUCAGAUACUUUCCCGGCUUGGGCCAAAGAUGUUCGUGAAUGCGAAGAGAAGUUCGGUGUCAGCCGCGAAAAGGGUUUGUCGGCUGAUGAAGUGGAGAAGCGUCGACAGAUCUACGGAUUGAAUGAGUUAGAGAAGCCCGAAGGAACAUCUAUUUUUAAACUGAUCUUGGAACAGUUCAAUGACACAUUGGUCCGGAUUCUGUUGGUUGCAGCUAUUAUAUCUUUUGUAUUGGCCUUGUAUGAUGGUGAAGAAGGGGGCGAGGUGGGGAUCACCGCUUUCGUAGAGCCGCUCGUGAUUUUCUUGAUAUUGAUCGUAAAUGCCGUUGUGGGGAUUUGGCAAGAAAGCAAUGCCGAGAAGGCAUUGGAGGCUUUGAAGGAAAUACAAUCAGACCAGGCAUCUGCCAUUCGUGAUGGGAAGAAAGUGUCUAACUUGCCAGCAAAGGAGCUUGUUCCUGGUGAUAUUGUUGAGCUGAGAGUCGGCGAUAAAGUGCCUGCUGAUAUGCGUGUACUGGCUUUGAUCAGUUCAACACUUAGAGUCGAGCAAGGGUCCUUGACUGGAGAGAGCGAGGCAGUGAGCAAAACCACAAAGCCUGUGGAUGAGAAUACUGAUAUUCAAGGUAAGAAAUGUAUGGUGUUUGCAGGAACCACCGUCGUGAAUGGGAAUUGCAUAUGCUUAGUUACGGAAACUGGGAUGGAUACGGAGAUAGGAAGAGUGCAUUCACAGAUCCAGGAAGCCGCACAAAGUGAGGAGGAUACCCCUCUGAAGAAAAAACUGAACGAAUUUGGGGAAGUCCUAACAAUGAUCAUUGGGGUAAUCUGUGCAUUGGUUUGGCUUAUUAAUGUGAAAUAUUUUCUCUCUUGGGAGUAUGUUGAUGGCUGGCCAAGAAACUUUAAGUUCUCUUUCGAGAAAUGCACAUAUUACUUUGAGAUUGCUGUAGCAUUGGCAGUUGCUGCAAUCCCAGAAGGAUUGCCGGCAGUUAUUACCACAUGCUUGGCCCUUGGUACGAGGAAGAUGGCUCAGAAGAAUGCUCUUGUUAGGAAGUUGCCCAGUGUCGAGACCCUUGGCUGUACUACCGUUAUAUGUUCUGAUAAAACUGGAACUUUGACAACCAAUCAGAUGGCUGUUUCAAAGCUUGUAGCCAUGGGCUCCAGGGUUGGUACCCUUCGGUCUUUCGAUGUUGAAGGGACAACAUAUGAUCCUCGAGAUGGGAAGAUUGAGGAUUGGCCAGCGGGUCGAAUGGAUGCAAAUCUUCAAAUGAUCGCCAAAAUUGCUGCAAUUUGUAAUGAUGCCGGUGUUGAGCAAUCUGGACAUCACUAUGUGGCUACCGGUAUGCCUACAGAGGCAGCCUUGAAGGUUUUGGUAGAGAAAAUGGGAUUUCCUGAAAGAUUAAAUAAAGCCUCUCCUUUGGCUGAUGAAGAUUUUCUACGUUGUUGCCGUCUAUGGAGUAAACUAGAGCAGAGGAUUGCCACUCUUGAGUUUGAUCGGGAUCGGAAAUCGAUGGGAGUUAUUGUGGAUUCUAACUCAGGCAAGAAACUGCUGCUGGUCAAGGGUGCUGUGGAAAAUGUACUUGAGAGGAGUACGCAUAUUCAGUUACUCGAUGGUUCGGUUAAAGAAUUAGACCAAUACUCAAGGGAUCUUAUUUUACAAAGUCUAAAUGAUAUGUCUACGAAUGCGCUGCGAUGUCUCGGGUUUGCAUACAAAGAUGUUCCAUCAGAGUUUGUAACUUAUGAUGGCAGUGAAGACCACCCUGCUCAUCAGCUUCUGCUUAACCCGGCUAACUAUUCUUAUAUUGAGACCAAUCUUGUAUUCGCUGGAUUAGUUGGCUUAAGGGAUCCACCAAGGAAAGAGGUACGUCAAGCGAUUGCGGACUGUAGAACAGCUGGAAUACGUGUAAUGGUCAUUACCGGAGACAACAAGAGCACAGCAGAAGCAAUUUGCCGUGAAAUCGGUGUGUUUGAAGCAGACGAAGAUAUCUCUUUCAGGAGCUUGACCGGGAAAGAGUUUAUGGAGAUUAAGGAUCAGAAGAAUCAUCUAAGACAGUCUGGAGGGCUUCUGUUCUCGAGGGCUGAACCAAAGCAUAAACAAGAAAUCGUCAGAUUACUCAAAGAAGAUGGAGAAGUGGUUGCCAUGACUGGAGAUGAUGGUGUUAAUGAUGCCCCUGCCCUGAAGUUGGCCGACAUUGGUAUAGCUAUGGGCAUCGCCGGCACAGAGGUUGCAAAGGAGGCCUCAGAUAUGGUGCUAGCAGAUGAUAACUUCAGCACCAUUGUUGCUGCUGUUGGUGAAGGCAGAUCCAUCUACAACAACAUGAAGGCCUUCAUCCGGUACAUGAUAUCUUCCAACAUCGGUGAGGUUGCCUCAAUAUUUUUGACGGCUGCCCUCGGGAUUCCAGAAGGAAUGAUACCGGUUCAGCUUCUGUGGGUGAAUCUCGUAACAGAUGGUCCUCCAGCAACUGCUCUCGGAUUCAACCCUCCUGACAAAGACAUCAUGAAGAAACCCCCUCGUAGAAGCGACGACUCCCUCAUCACUCCCUGGAUCCUCUUCCGCUAUCUGGUGAUAGGUACAUAUGUCGGUGUUGCUACUGUGGGAGUAUUCAUCAUAUGGUACACCCACAACUCUUUCAUGGGCAUAGACUUGAGCCAAGAUGGCCACAGCCUUGUCACCUACUCUCAGCUCGCGAACUGGGCCCAAUGCUCAUCAUGGGACGGCUUCAAGGUCUCCCCUUUCACAGCCGGCUCCCAGACAUUCACCUUCGACUCGAACCCAUGCGAAUAUUUCCAACAGGGGAAGAUCAAAGCAUCCACUCUCUCCCUCUCCGUAUUGGUAGCCAUCGAGAUGUUCAACUCCCUCAAUGCUCUCUCUGAAGACGGGAGUCUCCUGACGAUGCCGCCGUGGGUGAACCCAUGGCUUCUACUGGCCAUGUCAGUGUCCUUUGGCCUCCACUUCUUGAUACUGUACGUUCCGUUCUUGGCUCAGGUCUUUGGGAUAGUGCCGCUGAGCCUCAACGAGUGGCUGCUGGUUUUGGCAGUGGCCCUUCCCGUCAUUCUUAUCGACGAGCUUCUUAAAUUCGUCGGAAGGUGUACUACCAGCUUACGUUACUCUCCUCGUACCACCGUCCCCUCUAAGCAGAAGGCUGAGUAAGAGAAGAAGCACAGCAUUAGAGACUCUCGGACACUUUUUUUCUUGUCUCAACUUCAAUGCAGAAACUCUUGUUUUUUUUUUCUGUCUGGGGACGGAGUUGAGACAUUUUGCAUUCAAACUCCGUAAACUGAAAUUUUCAUUUAUACAAAUAACAUUCCCUUACUGGCGAGUUCUCUCCCUCGUGUAUUUGAUUGAAUGGUAUCUCUCUGUCCAUUUUCGUCA